GAAAACUGCUUUGUUGCAAUGUUGUGAACAGGGGUGGACUGACCAUUUGGAAACUCAGGCACUGCCCAAGGGCCCGGGGUCAGUAGGGGGCCCCAUGAGAUGCCCCUGGUACCUUUUUUAUAGGCUUUUUUGAGUUUGGGCAAGGACACAGGGGCCCCAUGAUCCCCUAUUGCCCCGGGGGCCCCAUGAGUUGUCAGUCCGCACCUGGUUUCCGCCCCUGGAUCCUGCUAUACCCGCUUCUCUACCAGGGCAUAAACAGGGCC